AUGAUGAAUAACAAUACACAAAUACUUAUUAGUGAUAAAGAACAACUUGUUUUUCAACCCUUUUUAGUUAAUAAAAAAGAAUUAAUGAUUCGUGUUGCACAACGUUAUCAACAAAUAAAUUUACUUUCUUAUGAAAUAAUUUUUAUUGAUUUAAAAGAAAAAAAAUUAAUUGAGCCAAUGACUUUUGCAAGUACUUUGAACAAAGUCAAUGUUUUAUUACCUGUUGAAAGGUAUCAAUCAGUUACAUUUAAAUUAAGUAAUGACGUUAUUUUAAGAAAAGAAGUUGAUUUUUCAAAAACUAUAGCAGAAGUCUUUUAUUCAUUAGGAUUUGAUGGUUAUUAUGAUACUCAAGACCCUUCUUUUGAUUUAUCCGAAUAUUUUGUAACAAAAUAUUAUAAUCAUAAAACACCUAUUAUGAUUAAAUCAACACCUUUAUAUCUUAAGUCUAGUUUUGUUCCUGUUGAUCAUUUUACUCAAUUCUACCUUGUAUGUAAAUCAAUUCUUAUGUCAAACAUCCAUGCAAUUCCAAUUGGCCCUUAUGCCCAAAUGGCUUCACUUUAUUAUUUAUUAUCAUUAAAUAUUAAUAUUCAUCCUUUAUUAAAUGAUAUUAAUACAAUUGAAGAUUAUCUUCUUUGUCAUUCCUUAGAACAAUUAGAACAAAAACAAAUUGAUCUUUAUCAUUCUCUUGGUGUUCAAACAAAAUCUUUCUUCCCUUUCCAUCUUCAACCAUUUUUAACACAUAAAUUAUUGAUUCAUAUAGGCAAAAAAAUAUUAAAUUAUUCAAGAUUUCCAAAUUCUUAUUUGAUUCGUUGUUUUGUUACAUCAUUAAGUCAAUGUGAAGGACUUAAAACAAUAGGGUUGAUUGGUAGACAUUGUAAAGACCGUACUUUACUUUCUUUAGGAGAAGAUGGUGUUUAUAUAACAAACUGUAGUGGAACACUUCAAAAGAAAAUAAAACUAAAUCAGAUAAGUAAAUGGAAAUCUAAUGGGAAAUUCUUUUAUAUCUUGGAAGGAAAUCCUGAAACUCAAUUUGCUUGUAUUAAGUUUGAUACUAAACAACAAGCAAUUGAUACAGUUCGUAUCUUUAGUGAAUAUACUGAUAAUUUAGCUAAACAAAGAAAUAUUGUUGGACAUGAUGAUCAACAAAGAAGAGACAUACAACCUGAUGAUAAUUAA